AUGAUAGCAUAUAUUCUUUAUACCGCUCUAACUGGUUUGGCAAUUUUGCCUUUACUGCUUUACUUCAGAAACCCGUAUUUCUUUCAAGAUUUACAGUACACGAUCUUUGCAUUGAAAAUUGCUGUACGUUUGAGUAAAUUCAAGAAGCAGACACCCUAUUACUGCCUGUUGGAUCGUUUUCUGGAGCAAGUGGCGAGGCAGCCGCAUAAGAAGUUCAUACUUUUCGAGGAAAGCUCGUACACUUACAGCCAAGUGGACAAAGAAAGCAACAAAGUGGCCAGAGCUCUGUCCACGCACGGCCACCUGAAGGAGGGAGACACGGUGGCCCUCUUCCUGGGCAACGAGCCUCAGUUUGUGUGGAUCUGGCUCGCUCUGACCAAGCUGGGAUGCAUCUCUUCUUUUCUGAACUACAACAUCAGAUCCAAAUCUUUGCUGCACUGCUUCUCCUGCUGUGAAGCCAAGGUUCUAGUCGCUGGUGCUGACUUGCGCGAUGCCGUCGAGGAGGUGUUGCCCACCUUGAGACAGCAGGGAGUCCGUGUGUUUAUCCUCAGCAAGGACUCCAAUGUGGAGGGCAUUGAAAGCCUCUCGGAUCAAAUUCAGCAGGCCUCAGACCAGCCUCUGUCACCUCAGCUGAGGGCCAACAUCACCAGGAAGAGUCCUGCGCUGUACAUCUACACCUCAGGAACCACAGGGCUUCCCAAGGCCGCUGUAAUCAACAAUGAGAAGAUAUGGAGAAUAUCUUUCCUACAGUCUAUUGCUGGCGUACGUUCAGAUGAUAUCAUCUACGUGUACCUGCCUCUUUACCACAGUGCUGGCUUCUUGAUGGGAGUUUGCGGAGCGAUAGAAAAAGGCAUCACUGUUGUUUUAAAACGUAAAUUCUCUGCCUCCAACUUCUGGAAUGACUGUAGAAAGUACAACGUGACUGUUAUUCAGUACAUAGGAGAGACUCUUCACUACCUCUGCAACACACCAAAGAGAGACAAUGACAAAGAUCAUAAAGUCCGAUUGGCUUUCGGGAACGGGAUAAGGGCCGAUAUCUGGGCUGAUUUCUUGCAGCGAUUUGGGGACAUUCAUAUCUGUGAAUGCUACGGAGCGACAGAAGGAAAUGUUGGCUUUGUCAACUACUGUGGCAAAGUUGGAGCUAUUGGCAAAGAGCAUUUUCUCCACAAAGUAAGAGUUCCCUAUGCCCUCAUAAGGUACGACACAGAGAAAGAGGAGCCGGUCAAAGACUCCAGAGGAUUUUGUAUUGAAGUCCCCAAAGGAGAGACCGGUUUGUUUGUGGCAAAAAUAGGAGAGAGAGCACCUUUCAGCGGCUACGCCAAGAACGCUCAGCAGACUGAGAGGAAGAAGAUGAGAGACGUGUUUGUGAAGGGGGACCUCUACUUUAACAGUGGCGACCUUCUUAGGAUAGACAACGAGGGAUUUGUCUUCUUUCAAGACCGCAUUGGAGACACUUUCAGGUGGAAGGGAGAAAAUGUGGCAACCACAGAGGUGGCAGAUAAUUUGCUCAUGGUGGACUGUGUUGAGGAGGCUAAUGUCUACGGUGUAAAGGUUCCAGGUCACGAGGGAAGAAUAGGAAUGGCAGCACUGAAGAUCAAAGAAAACAUGGACUUUGACGGCAAAGCUGUGUAUCAACACGUCAAGAGCUACCUCCCCAGCUACGCACAGCCACGCUUCAUUCGCAUACAGGACGUAAUGGUGCUAACUGGGACGUUUAAGCCAAUGAAGGUGAAGCUGGCCGAGGAGGGCUUCGACCCCGGCGUCAUCAGCGACCCUCUGUUCUACCUGGAGGAGAACAAGAGCUACGUACCCAUGACUCAGGAGAUAUUCAGCUCCAUCGGAGAGGGAAAAAUCAGGCUCUGA